AUGGGUCGAGUUCGAACUAAGACUGUCAAGCGGGCCUCCAAGGUCAUGAUUGAGCGAUACUACCCCAAGCUCACCCUCGACUUCGAGACCAACAAGCGACUUGCUGAUGAGAUCGCUGUUAUCCCCUCCAAGCGACUCCGAAACAAGAUCGCUGGCUACACCACCCACCUCAUGAAGCGAAUCCAGAAGGGUCCCGUCCGAGGUAUCUCCUUCAAGCUUCAGGAGGAGGAGCGAGAGCGAAAGGACCAGUACGUCCCCGAGAUCUCUGCUCUUGACCUUUCUCACACCGACAACCAGCUCCAGGUUGACAACGAUACUGCCGACCUCCUCAAGACCCUCGGAUUCUCUUCCCUUCCCCUUAAGGUUGUCCACGUUUCCCAGCAGUCUGCUGAGCGACGAUUCCGAAAGCGAAACUAA